CAAUGGCAGGAUACCAGCUUUGGUCACCAUGGACCCCACUGGAUGAGAGCUUCCAAUGGCUGCGACACACAACACCUACACCUUCUUCCAAGCACCCCUUCAGGGCUUCCCCCUGCUUCCCACACACCCCUUCUGACCUUGAAGUGCAGCUGUGCUUUCAAGAGGUCACUCUAGUCCUAGACAGCUCAUUCCUGGAGGCUGGGGUGAGUCCCAAGUUACCCUGCCACACAUCAGAGCUCCGAGCCAUGAACAACAAGAAAGGGCUGGUCAGGAAGCCCCAGCCUGUCCGCCUCAGUGGAGUGGAUUCUGUCUUUGGCAGGGUCAUCACGGCUCAGCCACCAAAGUGGACUGGGACCUUCAGAGUUUCAGACAAGUCAGCCUUUUGCAAAAUCAUCAGCCGGGAGCACCAGUGGCCCAUGGGACUGAAGGAGCCUCAGAUUCAGAUGACAGUGACCAUGUGCAAACAGAUGUUGCGCUCCAUCCUCUUGCUGUAUGCGACGUACAAGAAGUGCACCUUCGCCUUGCAGCACUCCAAGUAAAGGGUCCCCGUCUUGUCCCUAUGCCUCACACCAUGCCUUUUCUAUGCGCCUGAAGCUCACAUAGACCUGUCCAUGUAAAGGGAACUGUGUUCGCCUCAGCCUUGUUGCUUUUCCGUCAAGCAGUGACAAUUCAGGAGCCCCUCUCCUCCCUUCCCCUCCAAAACAGGGCCAGUGACAGAGCAAGGGAGAACGUUUCCAUUGUAAAGCUGAACAACCGUUUAAAAGAGUCAAACUAGCACUGACAUAUACAUUGAUAACUAACCAUUAAACAAACCAUAUAAACC